UGUUUCCAUAAAAAUUAUUAACAAAAAACCAAAUUUAUUUUUAACUUUCUGACACACUUUCUUAUUAUUAUUAUUAUCAUCUAAGAGGGCUUUGUGUUUUGUGAUACUGCAAGCAGUUAACGAGUAAUUGACCAUAUGUGUGGUUAGGUGUAUUAAAAAAAAACCUGACGUCUAAGAAUGUUUGGUUGGGUUAAGUUAGCUACAUUUUAUAUUGAUAAUUCGUAACCGAUCAUUGCAAUGAUCACAAUAGGUAAAUAUUUACAAGCGCGGUAGAUGCCAAAAAUAAUGCUAAAAAUCUGAAAAUACUUUUAUUCUGUGCCCUUUCACUUCCUCUUUUCAAAACAACCGGCGGAGGUAAGAAAUUCCAAAUACUUUAGGAGAUAUCGAAUUUUUUAAUUUCAUCAUAUGUAGAGUCGCGGUAUAUGCCAAAAAAAAUGCUAAACAUCUGAAAAUACCUUUAUUAUAUGCUCUUCAACUUCCUCUUUUCAUUAAAAGCGGCGGAGAUUAGAAAUUCCAAAUACUUUAGGAGAUAUCGAAUUUUUAAAUUUCAGCACAAAACCAGCGCAUUCCUGUGGCGUGCGUGCACCCUUGUUUACGUACGAGUAUCUAUUUUUUUUAUUGGAUAAUGAUGUUACGUGAUUGUUCGUGAUAGGCCAGAAUUCAAAUGAACUAAUACGUGAUUAUUUAGUUCAAUUAUUGUUUAAAACGGUGUUUAAUUACCGCCUCCAACUUACUUGCCUGGUUUGAAGAACAAGUUCUCAUCAUGUGCAGUCCGGCAUGGCUCUAAUCCAAUCGCACGACACAAAUUUAAAUCCCCCGAUAAAUCUAUGAAAUAUGACCCUUUUGGGAUUGCACUCUUGUCUGUCCCGGUGGCAGCGUUCGCCCUGGGCACGUGGCAGGUGAAGCGCAGGCAGUGGAAGCUGCAACUCAUUGCUGACUUGUCGGAGAGGUUCAACACUGAACCAGAGGAGCUGCCCUACGACCUGUCGCUCCUGGAUGACAUGGAGUACCGGCCAGUGAGGGUGCGGGGGCAGUUCGACCACUCGAAGGAGCUGUACAUGGGGCCCCGUUCGCUGAUUGUGGACGGGGACAGCCCGGCAGGGGGAGGGGUGUUCUCCGGGAGUUCUGGUGGCCAGACCGGCUACCUAGUCAUCACGCCCUUCCAGCUCGCCGACAGAGACCUGACCAUCCUGGUGAACCGCGGCUGGGUGCCGGCCCGGCUCAAGUCUCCCGAGCUGCGCAUGGCGGGCCAGGUGCAGGGGGAGGUGGAGCUGGUGGGGGUCAUCAGGUGCAGCGAGGGUCGACCCCCCUUCCUGCCCAAGAACAGACCCGACUGCUGGGUCUACAGGGAUCUGGCUGAAAUGGCCAACACAACAGGGGCGACCCCGGUGUUCCUGGAUGCUGCGGCCUCGAGCACCGUGCCCGGAGGACCAAUAGGAGGCCAGACCAGGGUCACGCUGCGCAAUGAGCACAUGUCCUACAUCAUAACAUGGUCAGUACGCAUGUUAUUUAUUCCUGCAAGCAGAAUGAUUUUUUAUUCUUUUGCUGAUGCACUAAAAAGUAGUGAUUAAGUGGGUGUCUUUGGAUCCCAACUAAUGUACAUGUAUCAUGCAGUGCAUGGAGGAUUUCUUUUUGUUUCAUUCUGCACCAAAAUUAUUUAUUACCUUUCCAUAGUGAGUCACAUUUGUGUUCAGUAAUAAAAUAUUUCCUUAAGAAAAUGAGUCUUCAGGCAUUAUACAUGGAGAAAGAAUUAAUCGUGGCUUAAUGGCUUAAGGUCAUCAGCACUAAGGAUAUAGAGACAGUGAGCGAUAAUGUGAAAAUGGACUGGUGGGGAAACAGAUGUGCCCUGAGAAAACCCACAGGCCAUCGUAACAUCGCUGUGUAUCCCACUUGUGAAAAACCCAUCUUCGACCCAGAUUUCUUGAGGGGAAGACGAGUGUUCAGAUCGCUUGACCUCCUGACCCCUUGUGUGCAGAGAGACUGGCUGGACGGACUGCCUAGUGCUGAGUGCAUGUGGGUGCUUGAAGUACUGUCAGUCCCCUUCUCCUUUCUUUGCAAUAGACCCAGAUUCAAUUUUAGGGUUCAUAUGCCUCCUUAAUAGCCUUAAAAAGUCCUUAAUUUUUGUGUUAAAUUGAAUAAUGGCUCUCAAAAAUCCAUAAAUAUCAUUUAUAACCCUUAAAAACUCCGUAAUAAAAACUGAUAGCGUACAAAUAAGUGCUAAAUGUUGGUAUGUAAUGUUCUUUUGUUUCCAAUUUUGCAGCAAACAACACAAACGCAGUUCAAUUUGUGAAUUUCGGGCCAUGUGAUUAGAUUUUAAUUAGAGAUGUACGAAUCUGCAAAUUUUUAAGUCGAUUCAAGUUUGAAUUUUUAUUUGAAUCUUUGACACUUAAGUCGAGCUUGAAUAUUUGCACUUUACUGUUAAGAGUCCUUAGAUGGUUGUCUUGUUAUAUCAUGACCCACUUAAUCAAAUAUAUUUAAAAUACAAGUAUUAAUACAAAUAAUUCAUUUAGAAUAAAUUCUUAACUCUAUAAUACAAUUCAAUAAUUGAGGUAUUCUGUAGAGCAUCAUACUUCUAGUUACAUUACUAAUCACAGUAAAUUAACUCAUUAUAAAAAUUGAAAAAUAUGUUAAUAGUUAUACAAAAACUGUUCCAAUAGUGCAGUUAACUAUUUACAUGGUAAAUGAAAUCAAUUUCUAAUAAGCAACAAAUGAAACUGUAAAAAAUUAAAAUAUUGUACAGUAAUCAUUUUGAUUAUUUUAUACCACCUAUAAAAGAGAAUAUUAAAGACUGUGGUAUCAGCCUACAAAACAUAAUGAAAAUAUAUUCCUAGCAGUACAUAUUAAACAAUAUUUUAAUGGAAAGCGUAUAACUGUAAGAAGUAAUAUUUUAAGGUCACAGUCACAAAUAUUUAAAAUACAAUCUACCAUGUUAUCUGCAGAAAUAAAAUAAAAAAAUCACAAAUUAUUGUGAAGAAAAACCAGUUUUUCUACGAGGCUCGAGGACAAGUUUUGGCGUCGUGUGGAAAUGGUGAGUCCCGCUUUAGAGAACAACCUUUCACUAGCUACUGAAGUAGCUGGAAUGCCUAAAUAGUGCAUUGCUAGCUCAGCUAGAUGGGGGUAAUUUCUGCACGAUUUCCACCAUUCAAGUGAAACUUCAUCUCAACCAAUUACUGUACCAUCAAGAAAAUCAUGAACCUAAAAGAAAAAAAAAAAUGUUGUAACUGUAAAAUCAGUAGGCCUACAGAAAUAAUUAGUGAUGGGUCGAAUCCCAUUUUUCCCGAAUCCGAAUCUUGAAUUCGAAUCCCAAACAGUACCUCGAAUCCACCCCUCGAAUCCGAAUCCAGAUCUCAAGGGUUAAUUAUAAAAUAAUUUAUAAGUUAAGAGAAAAAAUUAAACAUUAUGCAGAAUUAUUUAACCCUUUAAAUUUUUAUUUAAAAAAACAAGGAUUUUGACACGGUCUGGAUCAAGACGAUUCUGUUUUUGGUCACAUAUGUUUCCUGCAGUGCUGAACAAACGUUCAGAGAAUACUGUCGCAGGUGGUGAACAUAAAUAUUUUUUGGACAGUUUAUGUAGCCUGGGUGAACACGCAGCUGAGUUUUCCAGUAUUCGAGGAUGUUUAUUUCUGGGUUAACUGUAGGAUCACGUAAGAAUCUGGUCACUUCAUCAAUUGCUGUAGAAUCCGACUUGGUGGAUUUAAGGCAUUCAGGCAUUAUCUGUGAGUACAGUGAUUCAUGUAUCCACGGAAAUCGGAAAACGAAAUUCAACAUCCGACGGAACAAUAUUUUGUAGUUACCAGCUUGACAUUUGUUUAAAGUCCCAAAUGAAGAUAAACGCUUUCCUGAAAUAUUUAAUGGAAACUGAAAGGCGCCAUCUUGGCUUCAAUGGUUUUAGGCCAUAAGAAAUAUUGUUGUGGUUUCUUUUAAAAUUAAGCCUCACUAAAGCAUAGUGAUUAAUAUGCCCGAAGUUAAAAGUGACGGGGUGUUUUCUCUAGUUUACCCAUUAAAAUUCUUUAUAUUAAUAUUAGUUAUUUUUUGUGUUGCUCAAAAUGAUUGGCUAACAUAUUUAUUGGUUGGCCAUCAUGGAGUUCUCAAAUAAUACAUAUUUUAACGUUGGUAGUCUACACAAACCAAACUUGGUCCUAAAAAAAUUCAUAAAUAGAAUGUGUAUCAGAAUAUUUAAAAUUAAAUCGCGAUUAAAGUAAUAAUUGUAUAAUGUAUUAAUUUUUGUCAUUCAUUAUUUCAUUGUUAUAACUACUUGUGCGACUGUAACUUGUGAUGAAAGUCGGCAUUAUUGUUGUAUUACUAAGUAACAGAUUUCUCGGUAAAGUUAUUAAAAAAAACAAGAUUCAUAUUACUAGUCUAGAUCCUAAAUGUGCUUUAUUUUAUUUUUUAGCAUAUCCUGAGAAUACAUCUGUUAUUUAUGCCUUAUUUAAUGCCAAUGUAGCGACAAUGCAUCCAUGUUCAUGAAUAUAAAGUAAGUUUUCCAAAUCAGUACAUGCUUCAUAAUUUUUUUAUAUAAUAACGAAUUAGAAGUACUAAACAGAAGAACCUCGUUAAUCUGUGAUGCGCUAAUUCUGUAUUCGGAUAAUCCGGGACGAUUAAAAAGAGCAGGAAAAAAGAGAGGUAAAAAUUGUCAGCGCUUAAAAUUAACGUCACGCGGGCCGGCGGCCGGAAAACACUGCAAGCCAUCACGUGGACCACCAAACUCUGCAACGCUGUUUGUACCGACCCUUUGUGUCGCCCCCCUUUCAGCUGUCACAUUUGUCACUCUUUAAAGUUGAGGGGGAUGUCCUGACUUCUGCUUCCCGUCUCCCUUUGUUUGUUUCCACUGGCCAACGCACGGCAGGCGCCUGGCGAGUGACGUGUCUGGCUGGCAUUCGGCUGUACGAAGGGGGAGGGGGGGCCUACCCAUCAUUUGUGUGCAAGGUCAGCACGAUCUUAUCUUUCUCUCUUCGAUCUUAUCUUUCUCUCUUCGGCUGUUGUAAAUGACCGUGAACUAAUGGCUAGGCAGUGCUGUAUUUUUUUAAGCCGAGACACUAAUUCGAAGACAGCCGGCCCUUACCGUGAACGGAUUAUCCGGGUUUAUUAUUUUUUUUUUACAGGUUUUCAAUUAUCUGGGUAUCGGCGGGUCACAAUUAACACGAAUAAUGGGGAGUUUACUAUUUUUUAUCCAUCUGCUGCCAAGGCGCAGUAAGCCUUGGGAGAUGUUACGUCACAUGACCUUGGCCUUAACCCAGCUGCACGCCGGUGUCUGAGAAGCUUGACAAGACCCUCCGGGCUUUUAAUUGCUAGUCUGUGAAAUUCGGUAAUCCGUGAUUAUCUCGGUCCCGACCAUCACGCAUUAACGAGGUUCUACUGUACCUCAAUAGGAUGUGUUCCAAGGAAAACGUAAACAGGCCAAGUAAAUUGUAAGCAUUUAAGUUUUUAAAGUACUAUAUUUACAUCAAUAUUUUCCUCGAAUGCCGAAUCUUUUCCCUUGAAUUUCGAAUCUUUCGAAUACUAGAGAUUCGGUGGGAUUCGAGGAUUCGACCGGCCCAUCCCUAGAAAUAAUACAAAUACAGUAAAACCACAUUCCCUUGAAUUCAACUUCCUCCUUAAAUACAUAAAAAUAUGGAACCACCUUUUUUUUCCCCCAAAGCCACAAAAUUUUGUUUUUGCAUAUUGCCAUCUAUACUGAGAAAAAAUUUAAGGUAGGUCUAGUAUUGAAAAGAGAUACAGUAGAACCCUGUUAUAAUGUUUUUCAAGGGAGCACAAGAAAAAAACAUUAUAGGCAGGAAAACGUUAUAAGCAGGAAAUCUCAAUUUAGCACUUAACAAUGUUCGAGCUUUGUACCAAUGGACUCACCAAGCUAUGUAAACAACUUUAAUGUUAAAACCAAAGAUAGUAUACUUGAUACAUGAAUUUUCUGAAACAAGCCAACAAUUCAUCAACUUCGUCUUGUUCCCUGGUUAAAUUUUGUUUGUCUUUAAAGAUACACUGCCACAUUUUUUGUAAAAUUGUCUCACGAUUCAUGAUGACAACAUUAACAGUGAGAACGUCUACUCCUUCACCACCUGAAAAUGUUUAAUUUUGGGAUUCCUACAUAUGAAUGAAAAAAAAAAUAUAAAACACUUUUAGUAAUGCCCUCGCUCAAUGGUUGGCAAUUUAAAUAUCGUAGGACUAUGUACGUGAAUCUGAAUACCCAUUGGAAUGGCAAGGAAGAGAAGAGUUGACUGAAGGUGCCAACUGACACGUAACUAUGAACAUUGUGUACCUUCAGUAUAUUGCAUAAAAUUGUAUUUUAACAAACUUCAUGUAUUGUAUGGCAAAUGGCAGUGAUUGUAAACAUAAACAUACAUAAAGGAAACUUUUGAUCAUAAGUGUUGGAAUAAUUUGGUUUUAAAACAUUUUUUUCCCCAUUUAUUGAAUGUUAGAAAGCAAACAUUAUAAGCAGGAAAUUACACUAUUUAUGAACGUUAUAUGCAGGAAAUAAAUACAUUGUCCUUAUGGGGGAAAUAUUGGGACUUUAAAAAUAUGACAUUAUAAGCAGGAAAACAUUAUAUGCAGGAACAUUAUAACAGGGUUCUACUGUACCUGAAUGUUUAAUUACUGCCUAAUAUAUUAUUAAUGUAUUUUUGUUCUGAUAAAAGGGUUACACAGGAGUUUUGCUAUAGCUUAAACAUUUAUUUUUUUCCUACCUCUUUCUUCACUGAAUCAUCAUCAUCUUCUGCAGGCUGUGUUUGCUUUGAUUUCAAAUCAAACAUACCCCAGAGAGAGUUGUUUGCUGAAGUUGAUGAUGCACAUUUUUCUUCCAUAACUUGUUCUUUCCCAGAACAUUUGUUACCAACUUGUAAAGAACUUUUCUUCUUUCUUAUUUCUUCAGUCAACAAAUGUUUUGCAAGACCAAUUUCGUGAUUUUCCAUUGUGAUACAUUUGAAUCUUGGAUCCAAGGCAGUACUUAGCAGAUGUGUAUGAGAGUCCCUUAUGUAUUGAAAUCUAGCAGUCAAUGAUUUUUGCAAUGCUCGUGCCAAUGUAAUGCCACUUCCUUGUACUCCAGUUUUUGAGGUUACAUAAUUCUUCAAAAAUCCUUCAAUGCUAUAAAUAAUUGGACGAACCAUUGAAAGAGUUGGUACACUUUCUUUGCACAGUUCUUUCGUAGCUAAGAAGAGAGGUUGCAAAAUUUUCACGUACGCUGCGUUGCUGCAAUCAAGUUCCAUUCAUUUGCUGUCAAACUUUCCUUGCCACAGUUAGGCAAAUCUGCAGACACUGCUUCUUUUUGUUCAUGUAGGCAUUCAAGCAUAAGAUAUGUACUGUUCCAUCUUGUUUCUAUCAUCUGAAUCAAAGCAUGCUCUGGUAAACUUAAAAUUUUUUUUGAAUUGAUUGUAGCUUCUCUUGAUUUUGUGCAAUGCUUAUAAUGGCCUACUAUGGACCUGCAUGUUUUCAAAACGCUGUCCAGUCCAACUUCUGCAACAGCAUCACUAAUAAAUAGCUAGCUGUAAAUUGUGAGCAACACAAUUAAAAUGAACUGCAGGCUUCCCAGUUAGAGCACUGCUCAAUUUUCUGGCAUUGUCACUCACUACGUAGAUGGGAAUCUGAGUUGAAGACAGAAUAAUACCCCAGUUGGAUGUCAAAUGGCACAACUUCUGAUAUAUAGCUGUGCCUGUAUGUUGACCAGGAAAGUGGGAGCAUUCUAAUGUGCGGUUCUGCAUUGCAAAGUCACGAGUAAGAAAGUGAGAUGUUACAGAAAUGUACCCUUCCUGCUUUUGUGAAGUCCACAAAUCUAUUGUAAGAGACACUGAUUUCACUGUUUCGAGAUCAUGGCUCCACGCUUGUUCCAUAAUCCUGCGAGUGUCACUGUACAAUUUUGGUACUACAGACCUUGAAAAAUGGUUCCUGCUUGGGAUAUGGUAUAGAGGCUCAAGGGUUUCAAUUAAUUCUCUGAAGCCACGAUCUUCUACAACAGAAAAUGGUUGAUAAUCAAGCGCAAUCAUGCGACCAAUUUUAUUUGUGAUACUUUGCGAUUUUGGACUGUCAGAUGAAAGCAUUACUUUUGAAUUCAUUGCUGGUGUAAUAGGGGAUGAAACAGGCCGCUUCAAUAAAUUGAUAGCCUCUUUUUUAGCUACACACAUUUCCUCAUACUUGCGUUUCAAGUGUAAAUGUGAAUCCAAGUGUCUGAUCAGGCUUGUGGUAGAUGAUGAUGGUGUCUUGUGGUAGAUGAUGAUGGUGUCUUCAAAUGUUUUUUUGCAACAUUUGCAUAUUGAAUACUGUUCACAUUUUUCAAAAAAUUCCCAAAUUUUUGAUCUUCCUGUAUUUGUACUAGGACUGAUAGUGCUUUCAUGAACCUCCUGUACUUAAGUUUCCUCUGUUUCUGUUUUUAAAUAUCCUAAGAUACCUUUAGAAGAUGAAUUUUUGCCUGAAAUUUUGAGUGUUUGCUCAGUAAAAGUAGGCCUAAAUUAACACUAACGUGGUGGGGGAAAAAAUCACUGUUAUUCUGCAAUAAAAUUUUAAUCACCAAAAGAUAGGAGAUUAUGUACCGUUUACGACAAAGGAACACGACUUUGUGCACAAACAGUUUGGUGGUUCCAAUGAUUAUUUUGGACCGAACGAGUUAGCUGCGGCCUGCAGCAUUCGCGAGUCAAUAAAAAACAAUGAAUAUAAUUUAGGCUUGUAGGCACAAAGGUUAGGUUAAGUUUCACACAAUCAUUAGAACAUUUUUGAAAACUUUCACUUAUGGGAAGUGUAAGGCCGUGCUACAAUUGGCACAACAUUACAAUAAACGUUCCGUAACAAAUAUAAUAUAUUUAAAGAUGAUUGCUACAACACUAACGCCGUUACGUUGCCGGCCAUUCGCAAGCUGGCACUUCCAACCAAUCCAUGCUUUUGUAUUUGUAUUGAUAGUUACACUUUAUAAAAUACUUUAUACUUCAUAAUUAAUUUUAACUUGCCACUUAACUUGGAUAGCAAACAAUUAUACAAAAUGCAAUCUCGCCGAACGUAAUAGUGUAAACAAACACGGAAAAAAAAAUCAUGUUCGCCAACCUACACUUCCUAAAAUUAGUGGAGCCAUUUGACAAAGUUUUUUUUUAAAUGCCAUUUCGUGAUUGGUGGCGUAUCAGUCGCAAACAUGCGCUCUAGAACAAAAAUAUAACGCUACCGUUAAUUUAUUAUUGUAACGUUGCGCCGAUUGUAGCACGGAUUUAGUACUAAAAAAAGUAAUAUUUGUGCCGAUAUUAUGAUUAUAAAAUUUAAUUCGUGUUUUGUUUAUUAAUAAUGUGUUCGUCUUCUUUGCUAUGUAGUCACACCUGUUAAGUUGGCAACAUGUAAAACUAAAAUAUAAAUAAUAUGGACAGCCUAAGUUUCACCCCCAUAGAUCGACAUGCCCGAACAGUUCCGAAGCAAUCAGGUAACUUCGGUAAGUAGAAAAGCGUGGGCUAUAGCUACAGCUUUUGAACGUGAACAAUGAUAUUGUUUUUUGAUCUAGCAAGAGAUAAAUUGCAAAAUUGUACCAAAAGUGAUAAAGAUAACACUAUUCUGGGAUAUGUAGACAGCGAAAUCGGUUAUAACAAUUUCUUUGAUGCCUUAAAAAGUGCAGGUUACUCGUUCUCAGUUAGAAGUAGUGCAGCACAGGAGCAAUUCAAAACAUUAGAUUUAAUUUUCUAUAGAAGACGAAGCAAGCAACAUUAAAAUGUUUAUCUUGCUUGCUUCAAAUCCUCAACCCUUAUAUCUGUCAAUGAAGGAAAUUAAUUGAGCUUUCAGCUUGGUGACCUCUAGAUCAUUACAAAAAAAUGAAGGGCUAUAAAAUGCUAAUGAUAUGACAGAAUGGAUGGGUGAAGUAACGUAAGAACUCUGAGAAAACCAACUAACCACUGCAAUGUUUGCUAUGUUCCCCACUAUCAAAAGAUCCAUUAAUGACCCUACUGAGAAUCAAAUCCAGAUCACUUUGGUUACAGAAAAGUGAGCACUUAAACACAGAGACCUAAAGUUUGCCUCUAAUGACCACAUUUAUAAGACCACAAACCUAAUGCUUAUUACCUUUUAAUUUCCUUACCUUUACAGAUCGUGAGCAGCAGGUAAUGACCAGUAUACUGAAUGAAGUCUUUGAGAUUAAGGGCUUCUUAUGUGUAGGAAUGUUUGCAAUUUUUGAAACAGCCCUUUUUGGAAUUUUAUUAUUCUACUACUGUUAAAAGUCUCUUCUCUACAAAUUUGCUUUGUUCUCUGUUACUAAUUAUUAUUAAUGUAGGGCAUCCUCCAUCCAUUGCAUACCUUUAGUGAACAUAUUAACAUAUUAUAUUUUAUUAUAUUUUUACUCUCCUCGCUGGUUCUGUAUGUUUAACUACAGCUGAUUCAGUUGUGUCUUUAUAUUUUUAAUUAUUUAUUUAUUUGUUUAUUUAUUUACAUAGUUUUCCAUGGCAAACAAUGCAAAACUUCAAUGGCGUUUAUCCAAAAAUUGGAAGUAAAUCAUAUUUUGAAGGUUUGCUAUGUAACAAAUCAUUAGGUAUUUAAAAAUUUAUUGUAAUGUUUAAAUUCAAGAAAAGUUUUCUGAUGUAUGUUCUGAGAAAAAAGAAACAUUUAUGGAAGCUGUAACACCAAAAAUGAAGUAUGAUGUUACUGAUAUCAUUUGUGUUUGAUAUAAUUAAUUAUUAGUGUUAAAAGUGCAUUUGCAGUGCUAAUUUAUGAUCCCGUUCACAUACAAGCAUAAGUGUGAUAACUAAAAUGAAGUAUGACGAUUUAAGAGUUAAAUGUUAUGUUUAAUCUCUUUCCCUCACUGUUUAAUGAAUAUUUUAAGUGAAAAUGUGCAGUUUGUAGUUCUUAUGUUAGAUCUAAUUCAUAUUAUACAGGCUAAUGUGCAUUGUUUUAUGAAGAAUAGUUUUGUAACAAACUGUCAGAUUAAAUUGUUUUGUUCCAAAAUAGAGCAAUGCUCUUUGGAACAUUGCAGAAAAUAAAAUUUUAAGAAUUAGCAAAGUCUAGCACAAAUAUUAAUGUAAAUCAGCUCCAAGACUUAAGUUGUAAAUGUGAAAUUAGGCCUAUGUGAUUACAAUCUUCUAGCAUUAAAGGUCUAGUAAGCCUACCUACAUUUGUAUUUUAAAUAAUCCAAGUUCAUAAACAUUUAAAGAAAUUGCUGCAAAUAUUUCAGUUCAAUGAACUGAUUCAAAUAAUAAAUUAUAGGUUGAAAGAUAAUCUAGUAAUGAAGCCAAUAGUAUUAUUAAUUAAAAUCUUGUCUGUAAUCUCAGAAGUCAGAGAAGUUGAACCUUCAUGCAAAACCCAGAGCUGGUAGGCAAUAAUUUUUUUAAUUUAUUAAUCAUUUUCGGGAUUUUUUUUUUUAUCAAAGAUUGAUUAAUUUACAUUGAUUGAUACCAAACAUAUACAAGAAUUUCAGAAUACAGAUUUUCCUUCAUAUCGAAAUAUUGUUAUUUAAAAAGAAUUAUUUUCUUUUAUUGAUAAUACACUUAUUGGAAUUGGCUCUAGAAUAUAAUAGUGAAUAAUCUGUACUAGUCUAUGAUUUGUUUUUUUAUGUAAGAGUAUAUACAGUAGAGCACCCUGUAUCCGGAAUGGUCGGGACUUAGACUAUUCCGGAUAGUAGAAAAUUCCGGAAAGUAUAAAUUCACUAUAAGGCCCCCUAACUGAAAAAAAAAUUGCUCCCGAAGUUUGUGAACAUCCUGUAGCUGUGGAUGACGGCAAGGGGGGUGGGGGUAGGGUGAUGACAGUUACAUCCGGUGGUGUGACCUUGCCACGGGCACGCUUAUCAGACCUUGCCUAGAAGCACGCUACAGCUACGUGACUGUACCAUGAUGUCCGCGCGAAGCAAGCAGACGUAGGCGAGACGUUUGACAUUCAAUGAAUUGUGUUACAAUUACGUAAUUUACAUACAGUUUGUACAGUGAUUUGGUGUAUCCACAUGUUGCAUAAAUAAAAUACAGUAGACUCCCGAUUAUCCGGGUGCGGAUUAUCCGGUUUGCGGAUUAACGGUGCCAUAUUUCUCUACCAUAAAAACGAAAAUAAUUUUUUGACUUUUUUUUAUAUUUGUAAUCUAUUGAUGUGACUGAGCAUUUUAUGCUGUGGUUCUCGAAGAAAAAUGCUGCCAAACACGUUACAUGCAUAGUUGGUAAGUAUUAAUAUACGUCAUGAACUUAAAAACAGCAGGAGCAAUCAUAAACGCACCCCUGUUAACCGUGCGCGCUUGUGUUCCACGCGACCUUGUGAACCGGGCUCAGGUUAGCGCCGACGCGGCGCCGCUGCUGCGUGACUCAUGCGACUGAUACUGGCUCGCAUAGAUUUGAGUAGAAGAGUCUAGCGGCAGCAAUGCUACUUUCCUGCAACUGGCUGCAAAUGCCGUACCGCUCACGCUCGUUCCGGGGCCGGCUGCCGCACUGCUCAGGCUCGUUCCGGGGCCGCCUUGGGCGCAAGCUUUUGCCAAUUACGAGUAGCUUCAGCUUGUGGGUUCCGGCAGCAUUUGAACAACCAAGCACGGUCAAUCUGUCUUUAGAAUCUUUCAUCCCGCUGUGAGGAUUAUCUGCAGUGCACAGCGUGCUUCGAGGCAUACAACGCCAGUACAAAGCAGUCUCGUCCGCAUUGUAAACUUGGUCUGCUGUUAAGUUGUUGUCCAACACAUAUUCUGCGAACUCAACAACAAACUUUUCCGCCGCCGCUGUAUCUGCAGAAAACUUUUCACCGCUAACUUUGAAAAAAGAAAUUCCAUGGCGUUUUUUGAAUUUAUGAAGCCACCCUAACGAAUAGUCACAAUCGUAUGUUAGAUUCAGUUCGGCAUGAAACAUUUUUGCCUGUUCUAUCAGCAUCUGUCCAGAAAUGCUAACACCUUCACUUCGCCGCAAACGAAACCAUUGAUAAAGAGCAUUAUCAAGGUCGCUACAUUUACUACCCUGCAUUGUUUUUCUGUUUUAAAUUUCUCUCUUCGUAUCACUGUCCGAAUAAAAUUUACACAGUUCAUUCUUUUGUUUCUUUAUGUCGUAAAUCGUCGAAAUGCCGCCAUCAUACGAUUGGCUGAGAUUUUUAACAGAAGUCCCAGCAUCUAGUUUCUUGAGAAUCUCAACCUUUUCUUUAAUGGUAAGAACUUUUUUCCUUCGUUUACUACUUUUUUCCUCAUCACCAGGAAGUUUAUGUUUUGAAAACAUCACGUGUCUGCAGGAACGUACAUACUAGCGAUCGCGCACCACAAGCAAGACUGACAUUGAACGCACACAAUACACCACUCCCCCUCCCCUACAACGCGUUAUCACGGCGCGCUCACGUGUAGGCGGGGCCGCUGCCGCCAAUUCCUGAUAUGCCUCGACGCCCGUGCACUGCAGUCGCGAGACCGGAAGCCUUGGCUUCCAUCAUAACUCGCUGAGUGUUUAUAAAAUCAAGUGCACCCUGACUGACUAGACGGGGCGUGAACUGCGCAAACAAUCGGUAUUUACUUCCGCGGGAAUAAUAUAUAUUAAUAUAUAUUAUAAUUCAUUUAAAAAUAUAUAUAUUUUUUUAAAUUUUGUAAAUUUUUUUUAACUCUCGGAAAACAUCCGGAUAGUAGAAAUUCCGGUAAGUAGAAUUACGGAUACAGGAUGCUCUACUGUACCCCAAAUUAUAUUAAGUGCACUUAACUGAAUGUAAUUCAGCUCUGGUAACAAUUAUUUAAAAAUAUUUUUACUUAAAUGUGGUUAACUGCUACACACCACCAGAAAACAUUUCUUAUGAUUUUAUACGUUGUGCGCUCAUGAACAUAAGAUGAAAUCUCCGCACGCCACCUAAAAUUUAAAAAGAUAAGCCUAUAGUGUACAAAAAUUUAUAUAAGAAAUGAUUACUUGCCAAGAAUAACACAAGCAAUGUUAACUUGUAAACGGACAAAACUAAUCUCCUAACAAAUCAAACAGAAAUAGCUUAAUAACUUACCUGAAAAUCUCAUAAUUAGUAACAAGGACAUAUUUGUGUACAUGUGUUUUACUCUUAAAAAAAUAUAAAAUAACAUUAGUCAACAAUUUUUUGAUCAAUAAUGCAUUGUUUGUUUUGAACGUACAGAUAAAAAAAAAACCAAACAUGUACGAACCAGCCCGAAGGGCAUGUCAAUCUAUGGGGGUGAAACUUAGGCUGUCCAAAUAAUAUGGCAGAUUGUCAUCAUUGUUUGUAAGUACAUGAUUCGGUCUUACGUAUGUAAAUUUUAGUGUCGGCCGAAGUCACGUAAGGAGAUAUUAAGAAUUGUAAUUCAAUUUUAUUAUAUUUUAUCAUCGAGUUUUACCUGAAUUUCCUUUAGAGUAAAAUACACUCGAAUGCCGAGCCGAGCUGAAGCUACUCGGUCAACUCGACUCGAAUUUUCGAGUCUCGGCCCAUCACUAGAUUUUAUGUAUUAAAAAUGUCUUGAAUUAGUUUUUCAUUAUUAGCAUCUCACCUUUAUACUAAAAAUGUGUAUUUUACUGUCUUAAAGUAAAUAUUACUAGUGAUCAAAUUAAAUGUUAGGGGUGUAAAUUUCAGAUAGACACUAUUCUUGGGUUAGAUAUGUGUUCCAGAGAGAUAAUACUGGACAAUAUGGGCUUAUAGGUAAGAAUUGAACAAACCAACAAAAAAUUUUUGUGCAUUAACUAUUUAACAUUAUUUUCGUAAGGAAUUUUCUGAUAUUAGAAGUAGUUUUAUACCUCCUAUGUAGUGGUAAAGGGGUCCUUAAAAACUCCUUAAUUUUUGAUUUCACAAGAGUGAACGAACCAUGAGUUUAAAAAAUGCUCUGACCCUUUUGGAUUGAGAGUCUGAUGCGACCCUAGCGCCUUUUUGUGUGUGAGUGAGGUGGACCAGUAGAUGUAAAAAUCAACAUGAUUACAUUGUUAAGAGUUUUCAACUUCUCUUUAGUAAUUUUAAGGGUUCUGUCUUGUUUUACAAGUAUACAAUAAUUUUGUAUGUGUUACUUACAUUAUUUACUAAAAAGCAAAUAUGGUUUAGCCAGAUAAGUACUGUCAGCUGAAUUUCUAAGUAUUUGUUAUCUUCUUACUGCACACCUAUGUACUUUGUAACAAGCUUGUAGUGAAAGGCUUUGUUUAGUUACAUUUGUAACAGUUAUUUGUAAUAUGAUUACAUUCUUAUCACAUGGCCUGCCAUGAACUCUGGUGCUAGCUUGCUCUCCUAGUACCGGUCAGUCGGCCACAUUCUUAUAUGAGUGUGGCAAAGUUCAGACACAUUCACGCACUCUGGGAAUCCACUCUUUGUCCGCACUGAUGUAAUUCUGUUGUAACUUAUUCCUAAACCUUUUAGGGCCAACCUCUAGUUUUUCCAAGCUGGCAAUUGGUGAUGGGUCAAUUCCUGUUUUUUCCCGGUUCUCGGGUUGGUGCUGGUUCUUAAAUCGGUUCUCAGUUCUCGGUCCUCGGUUCUACCUUAAAAAAUAAAAUAAACAUUAUUUACACAUUAUUUAUGAGGUGUUUCAAGUAAUAAACUAUUUAUUGUUUUGGCUACAAAAAAAGCACAAAAAGGCAGUAUCCAGACUUACAUCUUCAACAAUUUACUGUUUAUAACACUGAAAAUAAUAAUUGGUUUGUAUUGUUCUGUCUUCAAUGUUUUUAUUGUUUGCUUUCAAAGAAAUGCAUUUGCAUAAUGUUUCAUUUUUUAAAGAGGCUAUCAAAGCAAAUUAAAAGGCAUAGUAUAGUUUUCAAGCUACAGCAAACACACCAACCUAUUACAAAUGUAAUAUAUAUUAGUGAAAAAUAAUUCUAAAUAAUAUAGAGAACACUUAAUAAAACUAAAAUUUACUAUAUUAAUCUAGCAAUUACCUCAAGAAAUCUACAUACACCCUCCUUUAAAACAUAGGAAUAAAAAGAAAAUAUUACAAUAAUGGAAAUAAAUAAAAUGAUGGCGAACUUUCAAAGAAUUAAAAUAAUAAA